AUGGAGUUCGUGGAUGGCUUGUCCAGUGUGUUUGGGGCCCGAGGCCCCAGAACCUUCGACUCCCUGCUGAAGUUCACCGACCUGAGCCCCAGCACGCAGCGGCACAUGCAGAAGGCGCGUCUCUUGCCAGCUGAUGUGUAUGCCACCCUCGCCGUGACCCUGCUGUUCGCAGCAGCGGGAUGCUACAUCAACAUGCUCACCGGGGUUGGAGGGAUGCUGGGCGUGCUGGGCUUCAUGGCCUGCACCAUCUGGCUGGGCUUCACCCCCGCCCUCCCGUCCACGCUGCGCAAGCGUGAGGGCCUCCUCAUGGGCGCCGCCCUCUGCCAGGGCACCUCCCUCGGACCCCUGGUCAACCUCACGUACACCCUGCACCCAGGUGUCCUCCUGACGGCGUUCCUGGGCACGGCGGCCAUUUUCCUCUGCUUCAGCGGCGCCGCGCUCCUCGCCCGUCGCCGAUCCUACCUCUUCCUGGGCGGCAUGCUGUCCUCCGUCCUGGCUGUGUUUGCCACGAUGCGCCUGGUCACGUGGUUCACGGGCGGGGGUGCCGCACUGUUCGAGGCCGAGCUCUACCUGGGCCUGCUGGUCUUCCUGGGCUAUGUCCUGUACGACACCCAGCUUGCGGUGGAGAAGGCGGAGGCGGGGGACAGGGACACAGUCCGUGCCGCCCAGGACCUCUUCAUCGACUUCAUGGCCGUCUUCGUCAGGCUGCUGGUCAUCCUCCUGCGCAACGCGGGGAAGCGGGACGAGGAGGAGGGUAGGGACCGAAGGAGGUCGCGAGGGGGCCGGCGGCGCACCGAGCUUUAG